AAAUGGCAGAAGCAAUGGAAGGCGGGUCGUCACUGGCCUGGCGGCUUCUAGCCACGCUGGAAGGAGGGUCGCUCGUGCUGGUCACCACAGCCCUGCUGGCUUACACCGCCAGGAGGAAACUGGCUCGGAAGAAAAGACUGCCAACUCGCCAAGGCAGAGAUGUCCAUAGCGUUCUAAUAACAAACACAACAAAUGCAUUAGGCAGUGAGCUGAAAAAACAACUACAAUUGUUAGGAACCACAGUGAUAGAAGGAGCGACAAACGGAGCGGGAGCGGACAAAGUGGAUGCGCUCGUGGUCGUAGGAGCGGAGUCACGAGCGAGCGGGCUCGAUGGCAUGGCGGAACUGGUUUCUCAAGAUAUUUACGAGAAUAUGAAGAUACUAGACACCCUGUCGCCGCGGGUAAACGAUGGUGGUUACAUAGCAUGGGCAUGCGCGGGAGCGGUCAGCGAAACUUACAGCGGUGCGACCAACGCCUUCGAUUCAGUGCUAGAAGCUAGCUUAAGUCAUAUCGCUGAAAUUUACCACUGUCAGCCUUUGUGGGUCGGCCGCUGUGACAGGUUGGAAGAGGCAUCGGAUCGGAUAAUCGCUGCGCUUAUGCCUUGCGCCACGCAACCUGUUUCUAGGUUUUCUAUUAGGCACGCUGCCCAUAAAGUGACUGGCUACAUCGGGAGGUGGCUUAAAAUAGCUACGUGACAAAUUAGCGAAGUGUACAAAAUACUGUAUUUUUUUUUUCUUUUCUAUUUGUAGAUACAACAAACCGGAUUAACGAGCUAAAUUUUUUUAAUAAAAUAUGUUUUACAAACUGUUGUAGGUGUA